GUGGCGUAUCUUUCCAAUUCUACUCUUAACCCUUUUCAAAGAAGGGGUGGUUUGAGAAGCUUGGUACCACCAGCGUUGUGAAAAAGAUGGCGGUGAUGAAAAUCAAGUUUAACCAGAAGAAAAGAGUAAAACUAGCACAAGGAUUAUGGCUCAUGAAUUGGUUUUCAGUGUUUGCUGGAAUUGUUGUUUUUUCUAUGGGACUUUUCCUGAAAAUUGAACUCAGGAAGCGAAGUGAAAUGAUGGACAAUUCUGAAAGCCACUUUGUGCCCAACUCUUUCAUACUGGUAGGUCUACUUGCCUCUGUAUCCAAUGCUCUUGCUGGCAAGAUAUGCUACGAUUCCCUGGAUCCUGCUAAAUUUGAAAAGUGGAAAUUUUUCUUGAAAUUCUAUUUAAUCAUAUGUGUAAUUUUUAAUGUCUUCAUUUUUUUAAUUGCUUUUAUUUGCUUUCUGAUGAGGGGUUCUCUUGACAGUACACUAGCAGAAGGGUUAAAAAAUAGUAUGAAAUUCUACCGUGACACAGAUACUCCAGGAAGAUGCUUCAUGAAGAAGACAAUUGAUAUGCUCCAGAUUGAGUUCAAAUGUUGUGGAAAUAAUGGUUACAGAGACUGGUUUGAGAUUCAGUGGAUCAGCAACCGAUACUUAGAUUUUGGUUCCAAGGAAGUGAAAGAUCGCAUUAAAAGUAACGUGGAUGGCAAAUACUUGGUGGACAGCGUUCCCUUCAGCUGCUGCAAUCCAAGUUCUCCACGACCAUGCAUCCAGUACCAGGUUUCUAAUAAUUCAGCUCACUACAGUUAUGACUACCAAACAGAAGAACUCAAUCUAUGGACUCGUGGCUGCAGAGAGGCUCUGCUUAAUUACUACAGUGGCAUAAUGAUCUCCAUGGGAGUGGUUGUCCUCUUUGUCUGGCUUUUUGAGAUAUUAAUAAUGAUAGGGCUGCGUCUGUUGCAUACCUCUCUGGAAAACAUCACCAAUCCAGAAGAUCCUGAAUGUGAAAGUGAAGGAUGGGUCCUGGAGAAGAGCCUGAAAGAUACUUUCAAAUCCACCCUGGAAAAUUUGAAAAAUAUCGGUAAGGGAAACCAAGUGAAUACUGAAAGUGAAGAUGAAGGUGCAAAAACCCAAGCUGUUGCAACCGUCAGCUGAGUUUCCCGGCUAACAUGACUGUACCUAAAGACUGAAAAUUGUGAAUUCUAACUUUUGAAAAAUGAGCCAUCACAGCUACAGUACAUGUUUAUUAAUAACACUUAACAUUUGCACUUAACAGCAAGAACAUUACAAAGCAUCUUGAUAUAACCAAUAUUAUAUGUAUAUAUUAAGAUGACUACCUUUAUUGGAAAUGGUUAACUAUUAUCUUAAAGCAAGUAUAUAGGCAUUAGGGUCUUUCAUAUUAAAAUUCAAGCAUUGAUUUCUAUUUUGGUAUUCUGGCACUGUGCAUUUUGUUUUGGAUCACUGGAACUGGAAACCAAAGAGGAAAUGUAAUUAUUUUUAUAUUUUAAGUUUACAAAUAUUUGGAAAAAUAUGUAUGCUGGAUUAUGCAUACUUACAAUAGGACAACAAAAAUACUGAUUGAAAAAUUGGAAAGGUAUAUAGAAAAGUGCAUUUUAACUUUCCUUUUUUUUUUUUGACAAAAACAGAUAUUUAAAAUUGCAAUUGAAGAACUGUAUUCAGUCAUGUUUAUUGACUAUAUAGCAAUAAUAAAGUUAGUUGCGCUGAAUUUUUAUGCACUGGACGGAAAUGGAUAAUUUUAUAGAAGCAAGAUUACAGUACAUAGUUUUGUAAACCAGUAUAACUUUUAACCUAAAUUGCUGA